UGGGGGGACAAGGGGACAUGGUAUGUCAUGGUUGUUCAAUAUUUCACGUCUGUUUUCUUUGGUGAAUUGUUUUCCAAAUUGUUGCUAGGUAUAUUUCGUUUUCAGCAAAAUUUCGGUGCCCACCGAAAUGACCGAAAAUUUGGAAAUUUCAUAAAUUAUUACGGAUUUCAGUAUUUGGAAUUCCAAAAAAAAACCAGGGUGGGCAGAGACGAUCAAACGAACUAGCCGAGAAGAGAAGUCGGAGGAGCGGGGGGAUUCUUCGGGCUGAGCGCCCUCGAUGGCGUUGAGAGCGAGGGGGAUGUCACGACGGAGCUCCAUCGCGGGCGGCCACGGCGCACGAGGCGCCUCCAGCAGCGCCGACGGUGACCCCCGCCCUCGCGCCGACCAAGCCGUCUGUCCUGCGCUCUUUUCGCCGCCGUUCCAUCCACGUGACCUGGCGCGAACCCUCGCGGCUCCUGCGCCGGCGGAGAGGGGGGUCACCGCGCAGAGGCGUCGCGAUCUACCCGAGGUAUGGCAUGCGUGCGUCCCGUCGAACCCGCAAUGUGUGAUGAAGCCCGUCGCAGAUCUCAAUGUCUCUAGUUUAGUUUGUUUAAGGGUUUGGUUCAGUUGAUUCGAUGCGCAAGUUGUUCUCAAAUUUAAGCAAGUCAAGUCCGCGGCGAGAUUAUAAUUUGUGAGUUGACUCCAUCUCGGAAUCUCGCAGAUCUUCUCAGUCUUGUGUAAAAAAAAAAGUGCAGAUCCGAUCCGGUGCUCAGUCGCUGACAUUUUCCCCCUUUCAUACCCAUCUCCAGACGAGGACUUGAUGUGCAGUUCCGAGCAGUAGCAGCAGCACUGCAGCAGGCAUCACUUUGCUAGCUACCACUACCACCAUACAGUCAAGCACUCUGGUGAGCCCGAGGGAGCAAUGGCGGACAUCGUGCUCGGGCUGACCAAGUCGGUCGUGGAGGGGAUGCUGAGCAAGGUCCAGUCGGCUAUCGAGGAGGAGGCGAAGCUGAAGGUGAGGGUGCAGCACGACCUGGUGUUCAUCACCGGCGAGUUCCAGAUGAUGCAGUCCUUCCUCAAAGCUGUCGACAGGGAGCAAGUGAAGGACAGUGUGGUGAGGACCUGGGUCAAGCAGCUGCGUGACCUGGCCUACGAUGUGGAGGACUGCAUCGAGUUCGUCAUUCACGUGGACGAGAAGUUGAUCUGGUGGCGCUGCCUACUCCCAUCCUGCAUGGUAGCAUCGCCGCCACUUGACCAGGCGGUGUCCGAUGUAAACCAACUCAAGGCCAGGGUCGAGGAUGUGAGCAAAAGGAACAUGCGCUACAACCUUAUCAGUGACUCCAGCAGCUCCAAGCCAGCCACCACUCAACAACAGCCAUCAACCAUCAGUGGUACAACAGAGUUUGACAUGCUCAUUGAGGCGAGGGACACUGCAAGGAACCAUUGUGGCUUAUGUGAUCUCACUAAGUUGAUCUCCAAAGAUGAUAAGGACCUUCAAGUCAUAUCAGUGUGGGGGACUGGAAGCAAUCUUGGAACAACAUCCAUCAUCAGGAAGGCCUUUGAAGAUCCUGAAAUAUGCCAAAAGUUCAGAUUCCGUGGUUGGGUGAAGCUGGUGUACCCUUUCGAUCCUUAUAAGGUCAUCUGGAGCUUGUUGUCUGAGUUCAUAAGAAACUCUUACCGGCAACGAGGAGGUAAUGUAAAUGUAGAAGCCAUGUUGAGUGAGGCAGAGGCAGUGGCCGAUAUGCAAGGCGGACACGUCAGGAAUUUCAUCAAUAGAGUGCAGAAUAACAGGUACCUCAUUGUCUUGGAAGACCUGCCCACCAUGGUAGAGUGGGAUGCCAUCAGAACAUACCUGCCAGACAUGAAGAAUGGCAGCAGAAUCAUUGUGUCCACUCAGCAAUUGGAAAUUGCAAGCUUGUGUACUGGGCAUCCACAUCAAGUGUCGGAGCUGGAAAAGAUCUCAGAUGAUCACUCUGUAUGUGUCUUCUUCAAGGAGGGUUCUCAAAGUGAUGAAGACGGUAAGAACACUAUGAUGAUGGCCAGCAAUGACCAAACCCCUGUCUCAAAAAGGACAGAGGCCCUUAACUGGGUGGAGAGAUUUCAGCCUGUUGGGCGCAAGAUGGAAAAGAGCGAUCUUUCUUUCAUGUUAUGUCAGGCAGCUAAUAUUGGUCGCAAAAAAGUGAUCUCUGUGUGGGGGAUUGCUGGUGUCGGGAAAUCUGCUCUCGUUAAAAUGGUGUACUAUGGAGAAAUAGAUAAGUAUGACCGCUUUAACAAGUAUGGCUGGGUCAAUGUAUGUCGGCCGUUCAAUUUAAGGGACUUCUCUCGGAGCUUACUCUCAGAUUUGAAUCGAGAAUCACUUCAAGCCAAUGGAACUUCAGAUUUUGGUACGAUGGGAAUCAAAGAUCCGAUUGAAGAAUGUUCUAACCUUAUGAAGAAAAAUAAAUGCCUUGUUGUUAUUGAUGGUCUGCAGUCCAUGGAGGAAUGGGACUUGAUAAAAGUUGCCUUGGCAAAUGUACCUUCUAAAAGUUGUGUGGUUGUAAUUACCGAUGAAGCAGAUGUUGCCACUCAUUGUGCAGUGCCAGAUGAUGCAGUAUUCAACGUCAAAGGUUUAGAAGCUGAUGAAGCUCUUGAACUAUUUAUCAGAGAGGUAUAUAGGGAGACUGAAACCCUUAUUGAUCCUGACGCUGUGAAGCAAGCAAAGCAAUAUCCUGAUGUCAUGGAGCAAGCAAAACAAGAUCCUGAUAUCAUGGAGCAAGCAAACCUUAUAUUAAACAAGUGUGGUGGACUCCCUCAAGUAAUAGUUGCUGUUGGACGCUACUUGGCCACCAAAAAAAACAUGGAGUUAUGGUCAAAUCUUAAUGAUAGCUUUAUAUAUCAGUUGGAAAUCAGCCCUGGACUUGAUAGUUUACGGGGUCUAUUUACCUGGAUGCAUUCCUACUUCCAUAGUUGCCCAGAUUCCCUCAAGCCAUGUGUAUUCUAUCUGUCAAUUUUUCCUCGAGACCGUUGUAUUCGGCGGAAGCGUUUGGUGAGGCGGUGGAUCACGGAAGGCUACUCCAGAGACACUGACAUUAGUACUGCAGACACGGAAGCAGAGGAUUCCUUCUCCAAGCUUGUCAGCCUAAGCAUAAUCCAAGAUCCAUCCAAGGCAGCCACAGAAAUAUACAGAUCCAAGGGAAUGAGAAUCGCCUUGUGCCAGGUCAAUGGUUUCAUCCGUGAGUACAUUGUCUCACGGCCAAUGGAAGACAACCUUGUGUUUGCAUUGGAGGGGCGCUGCAGUCUAAACUCACAGCGCACUGGGCGGCAUCUCGCAAUAAGGAGCACCUGGAACAGGGAUAUCAAUGUGUUUAAGAGCAUGGACUUCUCACGGCUACGGUCUUUGACGGUGUUUGGGAAGUGGGAACCAUUUUUUAUCUCUGACACUAUGAGGCUGGUUCGGGUGCUUGAUCUGGAGGACACGUCAGAUCUAACAAAUAAUGAUCUCGAGGAGAUUGGAAAGCUACUGCCUCGCCUCAAGUUCCUCUCCCUGCGAGGAUGCAGAGAGAUUAGUCAUUUGCCAAGUUCAAUAGGUGGCCUGAGACAGCUCCAAACUCUGGAUGUGAGACACACCUCCAUAGGCAGGUUGCCACCAGCCAUCAUCAAGCUACGGAAGCUGCAAUACAUUCGUGCCGGAGGAAUCAUGCCAUUGAGUGAUGGCAAUGGAAUGGUUGCAAAAGAGGAGUCAUCAACACCACCAAGGAAUAUGCCACGUACUAAAUUAUCCUGGUUGUCCCAGUUCCGCAGACACCGACCUGUUGGCAGUGUUAAAGUGCCUAUACGGAUUGGGAAACUGACCAACUUGCACACACUGGGUGUUGUCAACGUCAAUGUUGCAGGGGGCAAGGCCAUUUUAGAAGAGCUAAAGAAACUUACCCAAUUGCGCAAGCUCGGAGUGUCUGGCAUCAACCACAAAAACAGCCAGAAGUUCUGUAAAGCCAUCUCAGGUCACAGCCAUCUGGAAUCCUUGUCAGUUUGGAUCAAGGGCAACCAUACUUGUUUGGAUGGCAUCUAUCCACAUCCGGAGAACCUACAGAGCCUUAAGCUGUACGGGCUUGCAGACAAAUUGCCAGUAUGGAUCAAGCAGCUUAACAACCUCACAAAGAUGAAUUUGGAGAUGACAAUAUUAGGGCGAGAGGAUAUAGAGGUCCUUGGGGAUCUACCAAAUCUAGUCAUGCUGCAACUUUUUGUCAAGCCUGUUCAAAAUGGUCAACUCUGUUUCCAUCCCAAGCCAGAGAAAUCUGAUUCCAGUGUUUUUGUCUCACUCCACGUCCUUGAGAUUGCUUGCAACUCCAGUUUACAUGUAAGGUUUAUAAAACUAGCAAUGCCACAUCUUGAGAUGCUGAAGGUCCGCUGCUGUAGUGGGUCGUCGUUGCAGUUUUCUGGUCUGGAGAAUCUAUACUGCCUCAAGGAGGUCUCUCUCGAGGGUUCAUAUGACAUUGAACUAAAGGAGGACUUGCUGCAACAGCUUGAUAAGCUUCCUAAGUCAAACAAACCUGUUUUGACAUGGCCAGUCACAAGUAAGUGAGCUUGAGUUGGUCAUGGGGUCGUUUCAUCCAAUAAAGAGGUCUGUUUGUAACUGUCAUCAUCUCUAUGCUUUUCGUUGAACAGUCAUGAGCUCUAAAUAACCGUUGCCACUGGAUACUGAAGUGUUUAUGGCUCUGCGUGGCCAGGUGAAGAAGUGAACCAUAUGAAUCCUUGUGUGUUCUGUCUUCUGUACGAGGCAAGUUCAGCACAUUUUGUCUGCUGAAAAUUAAAGUUAUCAUGGUGUAUGUAUUUUCUGUAGGAAAAAUCAUUUGAUUGCCAUUCGAUCAGAUAGAAAUAGAAUAGGCGUUAUGUACAGGCCGGGGUGCUGAGACGGCACUAUGUACGGCAUGCAUCAUGGUGUAUGUAUGCAUGUGCGUGUAUGCCAGGACUGAACCCUUCCAUCACGGCAGUAUUUUCAUUAUCAUUUUGUAAGUUAGCGGGGUGGUAUCAUUUAUGUUUGAAUAAAAAUGUGUACUAUAAGUAGAAACAGAUAGUGCAUGAGUAAAGUUGGGAAAUUGUUGGUUUUUCUUUUUUA